CCAUCGCUCAUUAGCAUAGGGCGACGGCGCUGCCUAUUUAAUCCGCGCUCCGAGCGCCCACUUGUUUGUGUUUGAAAUCUGAGAAAAUGCUGGAGCAGCAGAAAGCAGCUCCCAAGAAGGGCGCAAAGAAAACCUUACCGAAACCAGUGGGGAAAAAACGCAAGAAGUCGAGGAAACAGAGUUACUCCAGUUACAUCUACAAAGUGAAGAAGCAGGUUCACCCUGAUACCGGCAUCUCUUCCAAGGCCAUGGACAUUAUGAGCUCGUUCGUCAAUGAUAUUUUUGAGCGCAUCACGGGCGAGGCGUCCCGCCUGGCUUAUCACAACAAACGGUCCACCAUCAGCUCCAGAGAGAUCCAGACCGCCGUGCGCCUGCUUCUGCCCGGUGAGCUGGCUAAACACGCCGUGUCGGAAGGGACAAAGGCGGUGACAAAGUACACCAGCUCCAAAUAAAGACAAGAAAAACCGAAAACGGUUCUUUUAAGAACCACCCAUAUUUUCGGUAAAGAUUUACUAAUUCGACAAUUAAUCUUUGCACAGACUUUCCUUUUCUCCUCGACUUUCAUCAUGAAUGGAGAAACGGUCUUCAUUUUGUACAAUGGCUGCACUAAACCCAGAGCUUCCCAAUGAGGGGGGAAGUGAGUGGUGAGAUGGUGAUCAGAGACGCGGCUGAGUGGCGUUAGGAGCAACGGAUUGGGCAGCUCCACUGCGGUUAUAGGAGCGGCCAAACGUCCUCUGUCCGGCUUUAGUUUUUGUAAACCGUGGUCCUGCUCAGAGCUGCCACUUCCAUCAGUCUAGGAGUGAAGAUGGCCGAGACCGUUCCCGUCAAGACGAAUGUCCACGCCCCUGUCCCUCCUGAUCUGGCCGGUGGCCCCGUUCCCCCCGCCGUACUUGCUGCCGCCAAGAAGAAGGCGGUCGAUGGCGGCCACUGGCCGAGCAGAUCUUGUCGUAGCCGCCAUCAAGGAGUGUCAGGCUCCCAAGCUGGGGCCCGCAAUGAAAACGCUCUCGGUGACCGGCUACGGGAUUGACAAGGCCGGCGCCCGGCCCAACCAGUCGGUCAGCGUUAUAGCUAACAAGAGCGCUCCAGCAGAGGACGGCACCGGCAUUUCCGCGGCCA